AUCGUAAUAUCAAUACAACAAAGUUCAAACGUUAAUUUAAAAACCGGCCCUCAUAUUUUAACCAUACAGUGAUGCGAUUAACCGGCAAUAUAGCAUCGAAAAAGUUGCUUACCGUUUUUAAUCAGUUUGUAGCGAUAAGAAUAAGAAACAUGUCUAGUGUAGAGUUUCUCGUUAAUGAUCCCAAAUAUUCGUUUUUGAAGGAUCUGGGACUAAAAGAGAAAAAUCUAGGGGUAUUUGAUGGCGCCUGGAAAGGAUCUGGACCGGUUGUGCAGUCAAUAUGUCCUAGUAAUGGAAAAGUAAUAGCAGAAGUACAACAAGGCUCCAUAACUGAAUAUGAAUCCUGCGUACAAGCAUCAAAUGAUGCAUGGAAUCUGUGGGCGGAUCUACCAGCUCCUAGAAGGGGUGAAAUAGUUAGACAAAUAGGAAAUGCACUAAGAGAAAAUCUUGUGCCAUUGGGAAAACUGGUGUCCUUGGAAAUGGGUAAAAUUUUGCCAGAAGGUAUAGGAGAAGUUCAAGAAUACGUGGAUAUUUGUGACUACGCUGUUGGUUUAUCACGAACUCUAGCUGGUUCAAUUUUUCCUUCAGAACGUCCAGGACAUGUGCUUCUGGAAAGGUGGAAUCCCCUGGGAGUCAUAGGAGUUAUCUCGGCUUUUAAUUUCCCUAUUGCAGUGUACGGAUGGAACAGUGCGAUAGCAAUGGUUUGUGGUAACACUGUUCUAUGGAAGAGCGCUGAAACCACCCCACUUAUAGCUAUAGUUACUACGAAGAUUGUAUCAGAUGUUUUAGAAAAAAACAAUUUGCCGAAAGCGGUUGCUUCACUGUGUUGUGGCGGUGCCGAUGUUGGUAAAGCAAUGGCUGCUGAUAAGAGAGUAAAAUUGUUAUCUUUUACUGGUAGCUGCCACAUAGGCCAGCAGGUUGGAGUAGAAGUUCAAAAACGAUUUGGUAAAGCACUACUCGAACUUGGAGGAAAUAACGCAAUAAUAGUGGCAGAAGAUGCUGAUCUAAAUAUGGUUGUUCAAGCCACCCUUUUUGCAUGUGUUGGAACUGCCGGACAAAGAUGUACGAGUACAAGAAGACUUAUCCUACACAAGAAAGUGUAUGAUGAAGUUUUAGAACGAUUGAAAAAAGCCUAUGGUCAAGUUCUACAUAGGAUAGGAGAUGCUUUAGAAGGUAAUACACUAGUAGGACCACUCCAUAGUAAACAGUCCCUUCAAAAUUACGUAGACACGAUUUCCGCAAUUAAAAAGCAAAAUGGAAAAAUUGAAUUUGGAGGAAAUGUUCUUAAUAAACCAGGAUUCUUUGUUGAACCUACCAUAGUAACUGGACUGGCACACGAUAAUCCCCUACUUCACAAUGAAUGUUUUGCACCAAUAGUAUACGUUUUAAAAGCAGAUAAUGUCGAGCAGGCAAUUUCAUGGAACAACGAGGUACCACAAGGAUUGUCUUCCAGUUUGUUCACUCAGAAUAUAGGAAAUAUAUUCGAGUGGAUUGGACCAAAGGGUUCAGACUGUGGUAUUGUCAAUGUUAACAUUCCCACGUCAGGAGCUGAAAUUGGUGGGGCCUUUGGAGGAGAAAAGGCUACAGGAGGAGGCAGAGAAUCUGGAAGUGACGCUUGGAAACAAUAUAUGAGAAGAUCUACGAUCACAAUUAACCAUUCUAAGGAUCUACCUCUGGCGCAAGGCAUAAAAUUCGAAUAAUUUUGUACUAUUUUGAAAAUAAAAAUUGUUUUAUAUGUUUUCCCUA